AUGACUGCCUCAAACUUGAUCCCUAUAAUAAACUCCCGAUCAUCUUCCUCGAAUUCUAGAGCCGGGAUCGAGGAGGAGCUCAGGCAAGUUUUCAAGAAAUUCGACGUUAAUGGUGAUGGAAAGAUCUCGGCUCCUGAGUUGGGUUCGAUUAUGGGAAGCCUCAACCACCAGACGACAAAUGAAGAGCUUGAGAUCAUGAUCAAGGAGGUGGAUUCUGAUGGGGAUAGAUUCAUCAACCAACAAGAAUUUAUUGAAGUAAACACCAAGGAUAUUGACUCCGAAGAGGUGCUCGAGACUCUUAAGGAUGCAUUCUCGAUUUUCGAUAUUGACAAUAAUGGCUCCAUAUCGGCUGAGGAACUGCAGAAUGUGUUGAAGAGCCUUGGAGAGGAAUGUACAUUGUCUAAGUGCAAGAAGAUGAUAAGUGGGGUGGAUGCAGAUGGAAAUGGAAAUGGAAAUGGAAAUGGAAAUGGCUCGAUCAGUUUCGAUGAAUUUAAGGUCAUGAUGAUGAUGGGAUCGCGCUUUGAUGUGGAUGUGCAACCGAAGAUUGGUUGA